CCAAAAACUUCAGGGUGGUGAAAAGUUCGCGUCUUUCAAGGAAAAAAUCUCACGUAUUUUGCUUUAUUUUUUGCUAAAUAAUCCCCUACAGAUGUUCCUGCAUAGAGUGGGCAGUGUGAUCUCACCCCUACGAGGGCUUCUCUCUGCCAAAACCACCCUUCCAUUGGUUCAAAAUGCUCAAAAUGUUUCCUCAAAGAGUGCCGAGGAGCGUUUGGGUCUCCCACCGAAGCCCAAGAAACCCCUCACGCCGUACUUUCGCUUCAUGAAGGAAAUUCGCCCGAAGAUUUUGGCGGAAAAUAAUCAAAUCUCAAUGACGGAUGUCCUGAAGAAUGUUGCCAAACAAUGGGCAACUGUGGAUGAUGUCCGGAGGCAGAAGUACCAGGAAGAGUUCAAGAAGGAUCAAGCAGUGUACCUGCAAAAGAUGACACAGUACAAGAGUAAGCUGACGGAUGAGCAGAAGGAGAAUAUUCAGAUUAUGAAGGAAAGUAUUGCGGAAGCGAAGGAAAAGCGAGAAUUCAGGAAGAAGCUGCGGCAAUUGGGGAAGCCCAAACGUCCCCAGUCGGCCUUCCUUAUCUUCCUCAAUGAUGAACGCAAGAAGAACCCACAGAAGGGUGCUGCAACGCGGGAAUGGCUCAAUGAAGCAGCUGCCAAGUGGACGAAUCUGCCGCAGAAGACAAAGGAUACCUACGUGCAGGUAAGCACGGCCAAUAGGGAGAAGUAUCAAGAGGAAUUGGGCAAAUGGGAGAAGCAGAUGGUGAAGCAGGGGCAUCUGGAUGUUGUGCGGCAGGAAGCCCUGAUUGAGGAUCGCCCGCCGAAGCCAUCAAAGCGCUCCGCUAAGCCAUAGGAAUUUUGGUGUCCUCAAUCAAAUCAAUCAUCACAAAAACCAUCAAUUGAGCCAUCAGGAUUGAGUACAGAGGACAAGAGAGAUUUGUUUGGGGGCACGGGUGAUCAUAAAAUUCGUAGUCAGGACAUAGAAACCACCACAAUCACUGAGAAGGAACCACAAAGGAAGCCACAGGAGGAAAACGUUCAGGUAGCAGAAAAGGGGAAAUUCAUCAAAUCCCUGAAAUCCAUUUUUAAAUUCAGCAGCAGCGGAGGAAAACCAUAAAGUAUCCGGAAAUGAAAACCAUCAUUGAGUGCCUCUGUACAGUUUUUUUUUAUUCUUAUUGCAUCCGGAUAAGUCGUGCAUCCUGCUCAGGAUUUUUUUCUUUAAUUUUUUUUUGUAAGUCAGACAGUUUAUUCGCAUUAAAACAUCCUUAAUUUAGAAAGGAAA